AUGCCUCCCAAGUUGAACACGUCUAACCAUCACUCGUCUGAUCCGGACAAUGAAGUCGUCUGUCCGAUCAAGUCUGCUGAUGGCAGCAACUGUCGCAAGAAAUGCUUGGGCGAGAAGCGUUUCCGCUCGAUGCAGGAGCAUAUCCGACGCGCGCAUCCAGAGUACUAUAUUCCAAAGUUGCCGGCAACCAAGGAAAGCUUCGACUUGAUGAUCAACUCACCACCGUCUGAGCGGCCACCCCGAGUGGAGCUGUGGUCGCCGACGUCUGCCCCCCGCCAACCGCGAUCACAACCUGCAGACCACCACCACAACAACGACCAGUAUGCAGUUGGAGGACCCUCUGCAGGCGGGCUGGGCCCCGUUCAGAUAGCUCCCGACGGCUACGGCUUGCCAGCAGAGUACCGAAGGGGCUCCCUUAUCCCCGCUGCGAGCGCGGCCGCCACCCUGGCGCAGCUGCACUAUGCUCGACCAGAUGGAGAAUGGGACAAUGAUCAAAACUAUUUCAACGACCAUGUGACCGACGCAAAGAGAGCUCACAUGGUAGAUCCCACCCUCUCUGCCGGCCAGCAGUUCCUCGAUAGCCAAUACCAAGAAGACCAGAGCCACCCCUCGGGCCUCUCGCUGCUCAAGUCGCCAUCGAGCCGUCAGAACACGCUCCCUCCCAUGCAGCGUUCCAUCUCCCAUAGCUCACGUCCUCGUAAAAAUUCGCUGACACAAAGUGCCCGCAAAGCAAAGCACGAACGAGACAAGAUCAAGAGCGAGAAUCGCAAGGCCCUCAGUGCCGAGCCUAACAUGUACGGCAAGAGAUGGGAAGAUCUGAUAGACGCCGCCACGUCGGCUACAGAAGAAGACAGAGACCUUACUCCUCUGCCCGUCUCGCCCUACAAAUCACCACAAGUCGGUACACGCACACCAUUAGCCCCCUUCGCCCUGGGCUCUCAGUUUCAAUCAUAUACUGCAUCUCCAUUACAACAAACCCUCACACCUCCUCCUGCUGAUGCAGACGGACCUCCUCUGGACAUGGGACCCUUCCCUUCCGUCGAAGACACUGCCGUUUCAUCCUCUCUUGAUUCGAAUCAAUCAGGCAACAACUUCCACAUCAUGCCAUCACAAAAUCUCUCUUCAGAUUCAUCACCAAUGUUCUCGAAUCCCGUCCAGAUAUACUGCGCAGGCUGUAGGAGGCUUAGUAUUCUCAAGGAGUGUUUUGCCUGCACAGAAUGCAUUUGUGGUCUCUGUACAGGUUGCGUCGAAGCACUCAUGUCAGAACAACAACGCGGACGCAUAGCACAGUGCCCACGAUGUCGCUCAAUGAGUGGACGAUUCAAACAAUUCCAGCUCGACAUACGCUAG